UUGCCUCAAGUACACUUUAAAAUGCGGUGCUUUUCAAAAAGUCUCAAGAAAUUUCCAUUUUUGGUUUGCGCGGUUCUCUGCUUCAUGUCAUCUCCCGCUUCUGCGGGUAACUAUUUAAUUUUGUCGCCCUUCGGAUCGCGUUCAGUGCGCGGUGUGUUCAACACGUUGAGCGAAGGUCUCCUCAGUAAAGGCCAUAACGUGACGUUCGUUUCUUCUGGAGAACCAGUGACUCACCACGAGAACAUGACCCAUGUUACGUCACCACACACUGCUUUGGACGAGCUCGACCUGUUCAAAGUCAGGUUCGGGCUGUCGGUGUUCAAAAUCUGGAAGAGAGCGUUUCCAGAAGCAGCCAAAAUGAUGUACGAAAUGAAGGAAAUUAUAGCGCUUUGGAACGACCGCCAUCGGUUCGACGCCAUCAUCAUCAACAGCGCUGCUAACGAGAUGGCACUUCCGUUCCUAUUGAACGUGUCAGCUCCGUUCAUCACGCUGCAGCCAGCUGGCUUGGACCCAUUACAGCUGGCUUACCUAGGGAACCUGGUGUCUCCUGCGACGCUGCCGUCCAUAAUCCUGCCGUACGACAACAACAUGUCGCUGUGGGAGCGUCUGGUCAACACCAUCACUCUUGUCGUACUCAAGUAUUCCUUCCACCGCUCAGUGGGCACCCCGCUUAAGAAUGCUCUCAUGUCCAAGUUCCCUGACCUGCCAGACGCGCGGUCCGUCUACCCGACGCAGUCCCUCUCGCUAUUUAACAGUCACCCCCUCAUCGACGGUGCAGUGCCGCUGCUGCCGCUGCAGGUGGAGGUUGGCUGCAUGUCGUGUCGCCCUGCUAGGCCUAUAGAGCAUCAGCAGAUGAGGGCGUUUCUCUCGGCCAGCGACCCUCGUCCUGUGAUACUCUUCAGCCUCGGAUCCUUCCAGCAGCCAGGGAGCCNGUCUAUAGGCCUAGAGGCGACGCGGCUGUUCAUGAGCCACUGCGGGCGGCAGAGCAUCAACCAAGCAAUGUACCACGGCGUGCCCAUCCUCGGUCUGCCCAUCGCAUUUGACCAGCCCAGACACUGCAGGAAACUCGAGCGUAAACGCUACGCCGUUGUCAUGCAGUGGGAGGACAUUACUGUGCCUUUAUUGGUCCAGAAAAUUAGCUAUAUGCUCAGCAACAGCACAUACAGCGAGCGUGUGCUGAGGGUGUCACGCAGCCUCAAGGCAGAGAAGGAAACAGGCCUGGAGCGUGCUGUGCGUCACGUGGAGCACACAGUGGAGUAUGGCACAGACUUGCUCCAGUUCUCCGGACAACACCUCAGCUUGCUCCAAUAUCUCCUGAUUGACGUGCUCGCCGUUAUUGUCUCUGUUAUUGCUUUGAUCUUUUUUUUCUUGUAUGUCUUCAUUCGUUGCAUUUGGCGAACCGUUUGGGGUAAGCUUAAAAUGGACUGAACAAAAAAGGUCGAGCUCCAAAUACGCUGAAAAAAUGGUUCAUUAUUUUUGGGAAUAAAAUCUCAUUCAAUGGCAAUGUCUUUUUUUUCCGUACACAUGAAGGGAAAUAAUUUCCAAACUGUGGUACGUGAACAGUUCCUCCCUUAGACGAGAUAAUGUAUCAAAGAUUUGCAGCAGUUGCCACUCACUUUAGGGACGUUGUACUCAAAUGAAACGAUUACUCUAUGCACAAAUUAUCAACACAUCAUGUACAGCAAAUGCAACUAUAAUGCUGCCUGUUGAGGCUAAUUAGUGAUAUUAAUUGGCGGAACGCGGCGGUAUCUGGGAUACCCACGGCUAAUACCCCAUUUUUAAUGGUAUUUAAGUAAAGGAUAAAAUUUUAAC